AUGGUACAGAAGAUCGUCAAUGCCUGGAUGUGGAGUUGCCUCAUGCUGAGCUUUGGGUCUGGGAAGUUUAAUGGACCAGGAUGUGAUGACAACAUUUCUACAGAUGACAACACUUCCACAGAUGACAGCACUUCCAAAAAUGACAACACUACAGCAGAAAAUAACACUACAGCAGAUCACAAAACAACAGCAGAUAACAACACUACAACAGAUCAAACCACUACAGCAGAUAACAACACUACAGCAGAUAACACUACAGCAGAUAACAACACUACAGCAGAUAACAACAAUACAGCAGCUCACAACACUACAGCAGAUAACAACACUACCGCAGAUAACACUACAGCAGAUAACAACAAUACAGCAGCUCACAACACUACAAGCACUACAGCAGAUAACAACAAUACAGCAGCUCACAACACUACAAUAGCAGGAAACAACACUACAGCAGAUCACAACACUACAGCAGAUAACAACACUACAGCAGAUAACAACACAACAGCAGGUCAAACCACUACAGCAGAUAACAACACUUCAGCAGAUAACAACACUACAGCAGAUAACAACACAACAGCAGGUCAAACCACUACAGCAGAUAACAACACUUCAGCAGAUAACAACACUACAGCAGAUAACAACACUACAGCAGAUCACAACACUACAGCAGAUAACAACACUACAGCAGAUAACAACACUACAGCAGAUAACAAUACUACAGCAGAUAGCGAUAACAACACUACGGCAGAUAACAACACUACAGCAGAUCACAACACUACAUGUGUCGGCCAGUGUCUCGACCAGUGUCUCGACCAGUGUCUCGACCAGUGUGUCGGCCAGUGUGUCGACCUGUCUGUCGGGCAGUGUGUCGACCAAUGCGUCGGCCAGUGUGUUGGCCAGUGUGUCAAUCAGUGUGUCGGCCAGUGUGUCGGCCAGUGUGUCGACCAGUGUGUCGGCCACUGUGUCGACCUGUCUCUCGGGCAGUGUGUCGGCAAGUGUGUCAACCACUGUGUCGGCCAGUGUGUCGGCCAGUGGGUCGAUCAGUGUGUCGGCCAAUGGGUCGGCCAGUGUGUCGGCCAGUGUGUUGACCAGUGUGUUGGCCAGUGUGUUGGACGGUGUGUCAACCAGUGUGUCUAUCAAUGUGUCUACCAGGUGUCUGCCAAUGUGUCUACCAGUGUGUCGACCAAUGUGUCUACCAGUGUGUCUACCAGUGUGCCGGCCAGUGGGUCUGCUAAUGUGUCGGCCAGUGUGUCGACCAGUGUGUCGGCCACUGUGUCGACCAAUGUGUCUACCAGUGUGUCGGCCAAUGUGUCUGCCAGUGUUUCGGCCAGGGUGUCGACCAAUGUGUCUACCAGUGUGUCGACCAAUGUGUGUACCAGUAUGUCGGCCAGUGUGUCGACCAAUGUGUCUACCAGUGUGUCGGCCAAUGUGUCUACCAGUGUGUCUACCAAUGUGUCGACCAAUGUGUGUACUAAUGUGUCUACCAGUGUGUCGACCAAUCUGUCUACCAGUGUGUCGGCCAGUGUGUCGACCAAUGUGUCUACAAGUGUGUCUUCCAAUGUGUCUACCAGUGUGUCGACCAAUCUGUCUACCAGUGUGUCGGCCAGUGUGUCGACCAAUGUGUCUACCAAUGUGUCUACAAGUGUGUCUGCCAAUGUGUCUACCAGUGUGUCUACCAAUGUGUCGACCAAUGUGUGUACCAAUCUGUGUACCAAUGUGUCUACCAGUCUGUCGACCAAUGUGUCUACCAAUGUGUCUACCAGUGUGUCUACCAGUGUGCCGGCCAGUGUGUCGACCAGUGUGUCGGCCACUGUGUCGACCAAUGUGUCUACCAGUGUGUCGGCCAAUGUGUCUGCCAGUGUGUCGGCCAGUGUGUCGACCAAUGUGUCUACCAGUGUGUCGACCAAUGUGUCUGCCAGUGUGUCGGCCAGUGUGUCGACCAAUGUGUCUACCAGUGUGUCGACCAAUGUGUCUACCAGUGUGUCGGCCAGUGUGUCGACCAAUGUGUCUACCAGUGUGUCGGCCAAUGUGUCGGCCAGUGUGUCGGCCAGUGUGCAGUGCUUCUAG